AUGAGAUCCUAUUUACUUGCUCUCUCUUUUCUCGCCAGCAGCUGUUUGGCUGUGACGCCCGACGCGGUUUAUGGAGGUGGCUUUGAUCACAAUAAGAAUGACACUGUUAAGCUGCUUAUUGCCAACGGAGGUGCUGGCCAGAGCGGGUUGAUCAAGGAGCUUGCGAAUGCAUAUAUCAAAAAGCGCGUUGCAGACGGAGAGAAGCCAUUCCAGGUGGGAUGGAUCAAAAGCGACACCUUUUACAGCAUUCAAUAUCUCAAGACGGGCGAGGCUGACAUCGGCAUUACAUACAACCCAGCUGCGGAAGAGAUCGCCAUCAAACAAGGCAUUGCCAAAAGUCCAAGCUACUACGCUUUCCGAGACCACUUUCUUCUGGUCGGACCCAAAGAGAAUCCCGCAAAUAUCUCCAAAAGCGAUGACAUAAUGACCACGUUCGCAAAUCUCCACGAAGCAGCUGAAGGCCCUGCUACUGAGCCUCCUGUUCGGUUCCUGAGCCGCUAUGACAAGUCGGCUACCAACAUCAAAGAGACUCUGCUAUGGGCCGGCAUAGGACAAGUCCCUUGGGCGACUGCCUACUCAACAUGGUAUCACCAAUACAUUGCUUUCCCGAUCCAAGCUCUCACAGCUGCGAUCAUCCUCCAAGAGUACACCAUUACCGACCGUGGCACCAUCUUGUCCCUUGACGCAGACCUCAGGAAUCAGACUGUUGUUUACAAAGCGGGCACUGAUAAGGCGGACGACCCAUUGCUGAAUCCCGCUCAUGCGUUGAUUGGUGAAAAGGCACCUAAUGGUAAAGAGGCAGCCGUGUUUAUCAAGUGGCUUGUUAGCGACAAGGGACAGAACGUAAUUGCAGGGUUUAAGAAGGAUGGGCAGGUGCUGUAUUCCAAAGCACCGUGA